AUCAACUGUCCUGCGUACAGGCACACACUCGUUAAGAUGGCUACGAGUGAAGGUACGGAGGUCGCAGAAAGAAGCGGAGAAAACAACAGCCACGGUCAAAACGAUGGAUACGAUAAUAAAUGCAUAUUUUGCAAGAUUAUCAAUAAAGAAGUUAAAUCUGAUCUGCUGUAUUCUGAUGAAGAGCUUUCCUGUUUCAGAGACAUACACCCUGGCGCGCCACAUCAUUAUCUGGUGGUUCCUACAAAACAUGUUGGGAACUGUAAAUCCCUGCAGAAAGAUCAUAUUCCCUUAGUGGAGAAGAUGGUAGAGUUGGGGAAGACCAUCCUGCAGAACAAUAAUGUAACAGAUCUUGAAGAUAUCAGGCUGGGCUUCCAUUGGCCUCCUUUCUGCUCUGUAACUCACCUGCACCUCCACGUACUGGCACCAGUCAGUCAGAUGGGCUUUACGUCACGCCUCAUAUACAGACCCAACUCCAUGUGGUUUAUCACGGUUGACCAGCUGAUCCAGAGGCUGAACCUCAUGAGCAGUGACCCGGUCCAGUGAAACACAUUCUGCUCUGUCAGCCAGGGCAUUCAUACCUUAGUGCUCUUUCUGUCUCUGCAUGGGCCGCAUCGGGAAGAUCACUGACUCAAUGUUUGGAAUAAGUUCAGAAUAUGCUGCUAAUCUCCAGCAUUGAAUCACAUUUAUUACGUUAAAUCACAGCGUGAUGCGAGUACAAUGUGAUAUGCAGCACUGACGGUUGUAACUCAUAAGCAGAUGAGUAUGUAACUUGAUAUAAACCAUCAAAAACUGUAACUCAGUAAAAUUUUGUCCUUUUUUUUUUUCCUAUUUGCAAAUAUGCUUCAUAGAAGCAUGGAUACCCUUCUGAGACGAGUCCUAAGUCAUUUUCUCUAACUGGAAGGUUUUAUGCCCCCAUGAACUUCAUGCAGCUUAAGACUAAUUUCUCAAAUUGUUCCUGUCCAAUUACAUAAAAGGUUAAGUGCCACAUUUCACCAUAGCUGACAUAAGUCAUUUACCCAUAAUGCACCUGCUGGAUAUACAGCUGUCACUGUCCUCCAACUUCUGUGGAUCAUUAACAUAGUGUUGCUUGAUUGAAUGUAUUGCCAGGAACAGAACAGUUAACAGUAUAAAGAGUGAUGCAUAAUGACAUAAAGAACUAACCUUUAAAUAAUGUAUAAAGGCAGGAAAGGCUCUCAAGCUGAGGGCUUGGUUUGGAUAUGGUUGUAAAUUUAAUGUUCAUGUCUGUAUAUUGAAAAAUAAUUAUUGUAAUAAAUGCUUUGUCUGAUGGCUUGAUGGA